GACUAUAAAUUGAAUGUGCUUGCUGCGAAAGCAAUUCAGUUUACAUUGAGUUCGAAUACUCAUAAGUUUUGUUGUCCGUUGAGUGAAUAAAAUGUGGAAAAAAGUAAUUUUAGGAUUAGUGCUUGUGACUUUUGUGGGUCUGCAGCUAGUCCACUCGCUGACCUGUUAUAGCUGUAAUACACCACAAUCUUGUAGAAAUCCCUCGAGGGAAGAAUGCACGGAUUACACGGCGAAUAAGACUAGUUCCUGGCUGAGCACCAUUCACAGUGAUGUCCCGCAAAUUAGUCACAGUAAUAAGUUUAGGUGCAUGAACCUAACUUAUGCCCUUAAUUCAAACAAUGUUAUAACGAACGAGUUUCUGGGCUGUUAUCAUCCGGCAAUAGAUGUUUGCGAGUUGAGGUUGAACAUUAGCUACAGUGUCUUUCGAAGAUACUGCAGAACCUGCGACUAUAAUCUGUGCAAUCGAAAUCCGGCUGGCACUUUUAGCAAGAGCACCUAUACCAUAGUUGCCUCCGUAAUGGCUUUGCUUUUGACCAAAUUCUGGGCUUAAACUAUAUUGUUGUGCUUAUUAAAUCAUCUCACCCGACUGUUGUCUUACUUGUCAUAUGUAAUCACAAAUAAUCACAAAUAAGACUUGA